AAACUUUCGAUUUAUUUCGCAAACGAUGAAUCCCUCAACAAACACUCAAGUCUCCUGCAACGGACCCUGCCGCAAGCGGUUCCCUCCCGCUGCCGUAAACAUGGACCAGGCAACGGCCAACGUUCUGCUUUCAACCUGCCGAACUCCCGGGCUGCAGUGGCUCUGUCCCGAGUGUCACCACUCGGUCAACCUGCAACUAUCAACCGCCAAUCGCGACGGAACCGAUCUUCCGCCGGAACUUUGGAUUGAAAUCUUCCGCAACUUGAACAAACGAGCAAUGCUACGGGUACGGUCGACCUGUCGCCGCUGGCGGGACAUCGUCGAUCAGAACCAGUCGUUGCGGAAGGAGUUCGGCAUAAGGUUUUUGUUCAAGACGACCUUGGACGAGCAAUUUUCGCCGGAGAACCUGUUUCCGGCAUCGUGUGCAACGCUGUUCAGGGCAACAAUAGUCACCGUCGAUGCCUGGUGGCCUCCGUUUGGCGCCGGAUUGACCGAACUGUUCUUGGGCAACUGUGAGGUUGCACUUCCGGUUCUGCUGGGGAUGCUGAAGGAGACACCGAAUCUUACGAAAUUAACUCUGGGGAGCAUCAACUACACUACCGCUGAAGAGGUCGAAGUGGACUUUCGGCUGGAGAAGUUGGACGAUCUUGCCUCUGAUUGGGUGUUUGAAGUAUUUCGGAACAUGGCGCCACGACUGCGGAGAUUGAAGCUCUCAUCCGAGCUGAAAGGAGAGCAAGAAGCAAAAGCGUGCCGUCUGUUGGAGGCGGUUCAAGGAACGUUGAAGGAGUUAGAAGGCAACUUGACACCGUUUAUGCUGAAAAAGAUUGCCGGUAUGGAUCGACUUGAGUUGAAAAGUGUAGUUCAUCGUGGGGAGGCCGAUUUGGCAGUGCAGCUGAGCCGAAUGAAGCUUUCGAUUGAAGAACUCGACAUUAUUGCGGAUAACGAGGAUCUGUGCAAAAUCGGACGAAACCUCGCCAAACUGAGGAAAGCUCGGUUUGCCCUGGAAGAUUCUGGAACAGUGGUGCCCUCGUUCUUGGAUGAAAUGCCCCUGCUUAAGGUGCUUCACCUAGAAGGGAUUGGCGCAUAUUUAAAUUUAAACCUUCUGAAAAGUGCACAUUUAAUUAGCUUGCAUCUAAAUCAAUUUAACUUCACUGGUGAUUGCUUGCAACGCUAUUUGACAAACUGUCCCAAUCUCCAGGUGCUAGCCAUCAGCAACUGUGCGCUGGACAGUUGGUCCGAUAUUUUUACUGCACGAUUUAAUUCGCUGCGCUGUUUGAGACUGUGUAGUAAUUGGGUGGAGAAAGACAUUAUGAGCGUUCCGGAGAAAUUGAUUCAUUUAACGGAACUUUUUAUAUCAGACCUUAAAAUGACCAAAGCUGAGCUGCUCGUCAAGUUGCUGCGCAAGUGUCCUCAGCUAGCGAAGCUUACGAUCGGCUCGAUGGAAACAAUCAACGACGAAUUUGUCGGCAAGUUGAGCCGAUUCCCACACCUGAGGGAGCUGCAUAUUUACGGCUGUCCUUUGACGGACAAGUCCGUGAAAUUGGUCGUCGACUCCGGAUCCCAUCUGCGGGUUCAACUCGAUUGUAACAACAUUUCCGACGCGGCCAUUGAUUUGCUGAGUUAUGUGAUGCGAUCUCGAGAAUAGAAUAAUUUUUUUGCAAUCUGUCAUAACAUGGUGUUAAUUCAAAUCCAAAUAAAUAAAUAAACUCCGCGACUAUU